AUGGCGAAGGGUCCAGUAUUUGGCAAAUCUAUUCUGGUCUCGUUGGAGAAAGGAAUAUUUAGUCACACUUCAAACUCGUCAGAAAUGGAUAAACCAGAAACGGAACAUUGCGAUAGGAGAUAUCGUCAUUAUGAUCAAGGAAGAGAAUCAACCCAGAGAUUUAUGGUCAAUGGGAAGAGUAAUUGUAGCCGAACCAGAUAA